AGGAUAUAUAUCUAUUGUGCACUGCAUUGCAUGGACUGGCUUAACAGAGAAUUAUACAAAGCAAAACCGAUGCUCCGGAAGGGUGGUUCAGAAGGGUAGCUACACCAGGUAGACACAUACGUGUUGAGAUUGUUAACGUCCGCAGUCGUAAAUGUGUUAACGUGUUUCGCUGAGCUCAUAGUAGAACCAUAUUAUUAUGCUUACGUACGGUGCCUUUCUUCACCACUGAAACUGUCAUAAUUUUCUCAUUCAUCCUGGGAAGGGCUAUUAUUAGUUGGUGGCAAACAACGUCCAGUAAUUUGUUAUCCUCUUCCUGAUAGUGCGUUUAGGGCAUAUGUGUUGUAGGCUUUGUGUGACUUCACGCUAGCUAUCGUGCUAAUAUGGAAAACGAUAGACGAUUGCGUUACAUUUUUAAUGUGAAAUUAGUUUAUAACGAAACAGGACCGCAGGAAUUGGCAUUCGGAAGGAAGCUUGAUGCCGAAGAUAGCCUUGAGUUGGGCUUUGUAUUUUCACGAAACGUUAUACGGCUAUUCAAUACACACUUCUUCAAAUGAUAACCUUCAUUUUGAUGCUGACCCCAUUUGAAAUGUGAAUAAGUCUAUCAUCUUCGUUAAAAUAGCCCGGGGGAUAUUGUUUGUGACCGUAUGUGGCCUCCUAGUAGCUUCUGUGCGCAUCAGGGGAAGAGUAAGAAUCUGUACGAAAGAAUUAGUGAACUUAUUAGAUAAUUGCGGAAGUUAACUUCCACAGGAGCGCACUACCCAGUCGCUCCAACGCGGACUAACACGUUUGUAGGUUAGGGAAGAUAUUGCUUUUUUCUUCAUUAAAUCUACACAACUAAAACCGAAAUACAUUUCCAAAAACGAAAGAAACGUAACAUUCACUCAAGUAUCAAUAACUCCGAAGCGCUCAGGAACUGGGACAGUCGGACUUUAAUAAUGAAAAAAAAAUAGGUAAUUAUUCAAGAAGAUAAAUAGAUGAAAUGAAACAGGAGAACGGACCGCAGGAUGGUGAUUGUUUGAUUCACCGGACGUACACGAGAGACGAGGCACUCACACACGAACCAGAAACUAGGAGGCAUAAAAAAGGGGAUGAUAUUAAGGAUCUGAUAGAUUUAAUGAUCGUUUCGUUUGGGUUUCGUUUUUGUGCUUCCUUAGGACUAAAUCUCUUUUUUUAUGUACAAAUACCCAGUACAUGUGGCCUUGUUUUGAAAUAGCGCGUGUGUGAGUGUGUGGGAGGGUCCUCCGUUCAACUAUUCCCCGUUUGUGUGUUCGCUUAGACCGGAACAACGUAACCCGUGCACGAUAGCGCCAACGAAAAAGGGAUUUUUUGCAGGCAAGCAGCAAAGUUUAUCAAAGAAGUCACCGCUUUCAAUUUUUUUUCCAGUUGAGAAGUUCGUUAACUAGUGAAGCGGACACGAGCAUAUGUUACUCCUAGCUUUUCGUAUAAAUGUAUAAAGUAUUUUUAUUUAGUGUUCAACUAAAUACCGAAAACGUGU